ACGACGACGACGGUCUGUCAAACGAACUCUCUGCAGAGAAGGGUGGAAAACUUUUCUGAUGCAACAUCAUCAAAGUGCGGAGUUUUCUGCUAGAAAAAGUGUAUUUUAGUGCAAAAAUCCGGUUCAUUUCCGUGCAAUUUAGUGAAAAAUCAAUUCCACAACCAUGGCCGAGGAUGAUGCGAUUUUCGAUCCUUCGUUGAUGAAGAAAAAGAAGAAGAAGAAGACUCCGUUCGAUUUGGAAGGAGCGAUGGCAGCCGAGGAGGGCGGCGAGACAGAGGCCCCGGCCAGUGAGUCUGCGGCGGGUGCAGCCAGCGAAGGAACUGGCGGUGGUGCGGCCGACGACCUGGACGAUAACCUGGAUCUGGACACAUUUGGCGGCAAGAAGAAAAAGAAGAAGAAGAAGCCGUUCAAUCUGGAAGACAUCGACAGUGCCCUGGCCGGAGUGGAAGGCGAGGGGGAGAAGGAGCUGAAGGGUGGCGACGAUGGCGAGGGCGGUGGCUUCGGUGGAGACGAUGGAAUGGACGAUGACAUGAAGAUCGACUUCAGCAUGAAGAAGAAGAAGAAAAAGAAGAAGGAUCUGACCGAGCUGAUGGAGGCGGAAGAUGCCGCGCGGGAGGAAGAGAAGGAGAAUGUGGACGAACAGUGCACCCCCUGGGCGGCUACGGAUCGUGACUACACCUACGACGAGCUGCUGCAGCGCGUGUUCGAAAUCAUUUUGGACAAAAACCCAGACAUGGCGGCCGGCAGGAAGCCGAAGUUUGUCAUGCGUCCGCCGCAGGUCCUGCGUGUCGGUACCAAGAAGACCUCCUUCGCCAACUUCACAGAAAUCUGCAAAACCCUCCACAGGCAGCCGAAGCACUUGUUGGACUUUUUGCUAGCGGAAUUGGGUACGAGCGGUUCGGUGGACGGUAACUCGCAGCUCAUCAUCAAGGGUCGCUUCCAGCCGAAACAGAUCGAAAACGUGCUCCGGCGGUACAUCAAGGAGUACGUGACGUGUCAUACCUGCCGCUCGCCCGAAACCAUCCUCCAGAAGGACACCCGUCUGUUCUUCCUGCAGUGCGAAUCGUGCGGGUCGCGAUGCUCGGUGGCUAGUAUUAAGUCCGGUUUCCAGGCCGUCACCAGCAAACGUGCGGCAAUUCGUGCGAAAACGGCUUAAAUCGCUUGUGCUUGGGCGUUCGAAUGCGAUUGUGUUCUAUUGUAUGCAAAAUUAUUUGUUUUGUUUCCUUCAAUCCUUCAUAUUAUUCCGUGUUGCGUGGGAAAUUGGUUCCGAAGUGGAAAGUUCUGCGGUGAAAAUACUGUGUUUAUGAACCAUUGGAAAACAGAAUAUACAAACACAUAGCAAGCAUAAUCUAUUAUUAGACACAAGUUUGUAUGUUUAUUCAUAAUCUUUAUUCAAGUAGAAUCACCUUUUUACAAAACCCUCAUAUGACUCAAUAAAACUGCACUUAUCUUGUGUAAUUGUAAACACAA